AUGCCGGCGCGCAGCGGCAACGCGGUCGUCGUGGACCCCGCCGCCCCGCAGCCUGCGGCCCAAGCAGCCCCGGGGGCGCGCACCAACGGCACGCUCUACACCGUUGACGUGGGCAUCCAGAUGAUUGGGGUCAAAAUCGCUGGCAAGGCGGUGCGCGACGCCGGCGUGCGGUUCACCCUCGCCGACGCGGCGUCCUUGCAGCCCGGUCAGCCGCGCCUGGCGCAGCGCCACGCUUUGUCUACGGUGACCCAGCGCGCUCGGGAGGAGCUCGCCCUGCCGGAGAAGCCGCGCAACGUGGAGUACAUGAACCGCGGCCUCAUGCCGCCUCAGAGCACCGCGAACCCCUACCAGGGCCGCACGUGGACCUACUGCAUCGACGUGGUGCCCACCACGUCCGGGGCCGUCAAGGCGGCCAUUGCGCACGGCGCAGACCACGCCGCUUUCAUCAUGAAGCACGCCUUCUUCGAGGCCGACCUGUCCGUGCCCGCGUCGCCCACGGCGGCGGCCUGGAGCGCGACGGCAUCCCUGCUCGGGCAGCGCGUCAAGGUGCACCGCGCUGGCACGCGCGCCGACGGGGGCGACUGGGCGGUGUCCGACCUCAUCAGGUUCCGCUUCCGUCUGGACCCAGCGAUGCCGCCGAACGUGCGCAAGGUGGUGGACGCCAUGGUGCAGAAGUAUUCUGCCUACAUCACGGUGGGCCCCUUCGACUGGCAGGGCGGCCCUCAG